UCUGUAUAUAUAUUUUGCCAUAAACCGUAUCAUCGCUAGAGGAUCGAUCAUGUCGAAGCGCAUGCUGGCCCGCACAGCUGAGAGGCUGCGCAAGCUGUGCAGGAGGGCGGUGAAGCCGUUGACCAAUCAAUGGAACGUUUCGAUGAGCUCCAAGUCCGCCAUUGUGGCGAUGUCAAAGUUUGAGCCGGACACGCCGCUGCCCUAUAAGCUGCUCAGCGAGCGGGUGGACUGCGUCAUAAAUCGGCUCAAGCGCCCGCUGACGCUGUCGGAGAAGGUGCUCUACUCGCACCUGGACAGUGCCGGCGAUCAGGAUAUCAAGCGCGGCGAGUCCUAUCUGCUGCUUCGUCCGGAUCGUGUGGCCAUGCAGGAUGCCACCGCCCAAAUGGCACUGCUGCAGUUCAUUUCGUCCGGCCUGAGCAAGGUGGCCGUGCCCUCGACGGUGCACUGCGACCACUUGAUCGAGGCGCAGGUGUGCGGCGAGCAGGACCUGAAGCGCGCCAAGGACCUGAACAAGGAGGUGUAUGACUUCCUGGCCUCCACCAGCGCCAAGUACGGCCUGGGCUUCUGGAAGCCCGGCAGCGGCAUCAUUCACCAAAUCAUACUCGAGAACUACGCCUUCCCGGGCCUGCUCAUGAUCGGCACCGACUCCCACACGCCCAACGGCGGCGGCCUGGGCGGACUGUGCAUUGGCGUGGGCGGUGCGGACGCCGUCGAUGUUAUGGCGGGCAUGCCCUGGGAGCUGAAGUGUCCCAAUGUGAUCGGCGUCGAGCUGACCGGCAAAAUCAACGGGUGGACCUCGGCGAAGGACGUCAUCCUCAAGGUGGCCGACAUCCUGACCGUCAAGGGCGGCACUGGCGCCAUCAUUGAGUACCACGGCCCAGGCGUCGAUUCCAUCUCCUGCACCGGGCAGGCGACCAUCUGCAACAUGGGAGCUGAGAUCGGGGCAACUACUUCGCUCUUUCCCCUAAAUGAGCGCAUGAUCGCCUAUUUGUGCGCCACGGGGCGGGGCAACAUCGCUGAGGAGGCCACCAAGUACAAGGAGAAGCUCUUGACGCCAGACAAGGACUGCAAGUACGACAAGCUAAUCAAGAUCAAUCUGGACGAGCUGGAGCCGCUGGUGAACGGGCCGUACACGCCUGACUUGGCGCACCCGAUAAGCAAGCUGGGCGAGAACUCCAAGAAGAACGGCUAUCCCAUGGAGAUCAAAGUGGGCCUGAUUGGAUCGUGCACGAACUCGUCGUACGAGGACAUGGGUCGCUGUGUCAGCAUCGCAAAGGACGCCCUCAGUCAUGGCCUCACGUCCAAGGUACCCUUCAAUGUCACGCCCGGAUCUGAGCAAAUCCGAGCGACCAUUGACCGGGACGGCAUGAUCGAAACAUUCAACAAAUUCGGCGCCACGGUGCUGGCCAAUGCCUGCGGCCCUUGCAUCGGCCAGUGGGACCGCAAGGAUGUGAAGAAGGGGGAGAAGAACACCAUCGUCACCUCGUACAAUCGCAACUUCACGGGACGCAACGAUGCCAAUCCGGCGACGCACUGCUUUGUGACCAGCCCAGAGAUGGUGACAGCGCUAUCCAUUGCUGGGCGGCUGGACUUCAAUCCACUGAAGGACGAGCUGAAGGACUCCAAGGGAAAGGGCUUCAAGCUGAAGGCACCUCAGGGCGAGGAGCUGCCCUCGAAGGGCUUCGAUCCCGGCCAAGACACCUACGCCGCCCCGCCGCCUGACGGCAGCAAGGUGAAGGUGGCCGUAGAUCCCAAGUCGAAGCGCCUGCAGAUCCUGGAGCCCUUCGCGAAGUGGGACGGAAAGGACUACAUCGAUCUGACCGUGCUCAUCAAGGUCAAGGGCAAGUGCACCACGGAUCACAUUUCCGCUGCCGGGCCCUGGCUCAAGUAUCGCGGUCACUUGGACAACAUCUCCAACAACAUGUUCAUUGGGGCCGUCAAUGCCGAGAACAACGAGAUGAACAAGAUCAAGAACCAGCGCACCAACGAAUUCGGCGGCGUGCCAGAUGUGGCCCGCGACUACAAGGCCAACAAGGUCAAGUGGGUGGCCGUGGGCGAGGACAACUAUGGCGAGGGCUCCUCCCGCGAGCAUGCCGCCCUCGAGCCACGCCACCUGGGCGGGGUGGCCAUCAUAGUGAAGUCGUUUGCCCGCAUCCACGAGACGAACCUGAAGAAGCAGGGCCUGCUGGCGCUCACCUUCGCCAAUCCCAGCGACUACGACAAGAUCCAGCCCACCAGCAAAAUAUCGCUGCUCAAUCUGAAGGACAUGGCUCCCGGCAAGCCCAUCGAGUGCGAGAUCAAGAACGGCGGCAGCGGCGACAAGAUCCAGCUCAACCACACCUUCAACGCCGAGCAAAUUGAGUGGUUCAAGGCUGGCAGCGCCCUAAACCGCAUGAAAGAGAAAAUGAAGUAGAUAACAUUGGAGUACAAAGAUUUAAGUAUCUGUUUGUGUGUUUUAAAGCCAAAGCAAUAAAUUGGACCGUAAUCGUGCAUUUAAUAA